CCCCGCCGUCAUGAAAUCCGCCGUGGCCGUCGUCCUCGUGGUGUGCGCAGCGGCCGCCGCCCACGCCGGGCUGCUGCACCACGCGCCGCCCCCGCCCCCGCAGCACGAGAUCAUCUACGACUACGUGGCGCCGCCCCAGUACCGCUACGAUUACGCGGUGCGCGACGGCCACACGGGCGACGCCAAGACGCAGUGGGAGUCGCGAGACGGCGACCGCGUCACCGGCGCCUACUCGCUCGUCGACGCCGACGGCACGACGCGCAUCGUCGAGUACACGGCCGACGACCACAACGGCUUCCAGGCGGUCGUGAAGCGCGUCGGUCACCCCGCGCCGCCGCCCCCGCAGCCUCCGCGUCUUCCCGCCCACCCCGCCCCCGCUCCGCACCCCUACCCUUUGCCUUAUCACGGUUGAUCAACCAGUCCAUUGGUGAGGCCUACAUUACCAUCCUCACUCCACUUUAUCAGACGAUAACUACUCC